AUGGCCGAGAAUCACGGCACACUACCUCUUAAUGGUCCCCACAAAGCUCAAGGGUCUCCUGCGGGAUUCGGCGGCCGUCCGGUAGGACAGCCGCAGUCUAUGUCCCAGCAAGCAAUCCCGCCCCGAGCAGGACUCCCGGUCGACCUAACUAGAGGCCCUUCUGUUAAGAUUUCGGAUGUAAGCCGUGGUCUUAUGACCGUAGAUGACAUGAGAGAAGACCUCGCAGAGUAUAUUCUUUUCCGAUUUGAGAAAUACCCAGCGAAAAGUCGAUAUGACGACGAAGGACGAUUGCAACUCCCUACAUGGGAUAAGGCAAUUAGAUCUCGGGUCCGGAGUAUGUCGACUGAGGAGAUAAAGCGACGAAUUCAAUAUCUGAAUAGGAAGACUCGCACACCUACCGACAAGUUGAGAUCUCUAAGCCCUGCGCUCCAGCGGCAAAUCGACGAGGCGACAGAAGAGCUCACGAUACAGAAUCCGGACCCAUUGAACUAUCGCUGGGUGCUUGUACAACUAGACCAUCAACUCGCAGAAAUUGAUCUGCAUGUUGUCGUGGCUGGAGGAAACCAUCCACAACCUCGACGACAUCAUGGCGUACCCAGGAGGCGAGCGCAUCGACAAACAAAUGGGAAUAAACCUAGGUCUUUCAAGAGGAUCUCAUUAACGACAUAUUUCAAGCGUGUUCCCAAAGCAGAUGCUGAUAUCCUUGCUCUCUAUGAAGCGAAAAAAAGAGUGCUCUUCUCGCAAAACAAUCAUAUCGCACAUCCGCACUCACAGCCACAGCCGCAACCACAGCCGCAACCACAACCACAACCACAACCACAACCACAAUCACAACCACAUAAUGGUUUGAAUCCUCGAGUACCUCCAUUAGGCCCUGGCCCUGUUGAAAGUAGGCAACCAUCGGGGUCGAAUGGGAAUCGCCCACAAACGGUUCCGACACGUCCCAACGGGUUAGGACCAGGGACAGGAACCAGACGUCCUGCUAUGAAUAAUACUCCAGCUGGCAGGGGAGGAAAGCAAAAAGCCGACGGCAUAAAGCACAACAGGCAUGAAAGCGACUCAAGCUACUCCGAAUGUUUGUCGGAUAGAUCGUUUGAUAGUCAAAUGACGCCGGACACUUUCUACUCUUCUGAGUCGCUCAAUAGGGGUAGAAACCGCGCACGAGCCCAUAAUAAGGAUCGUGUACCGGUUCGGAGCUCGAGUAGAAGACACACGAAUAGACUUGGCCGGGGCCUACUCGAACAUCACACAAACUACAACAAUCAUUUUGACAUUGGAAAUGGGGUUAGGAUGCCGCCUAUGUCGGGACCUCUCCCGCCCCAGAUGACGUCCCCUGUUGAUGUCGACAGAGCUACAGACGAUGCUUACCUCGCGGGCGUCAUCCGCGGGAGAAACGAUGCGCGGAUGGCACAGCAGCGAGCACGCCGUGAAGCGCGGUACUCAAGGCCUAAUCCGCGCUUUAUUUCAGGAGCAAGGCCGCCAGUUCCCCUAUACAAAAGACAUAUAUCUACCUCUGACCGACGGGGUGAUAUCGAUGAAGAAGUAUCGCGUCUCAAUCGCUUAUCUCUUGAUGACGAUGAAGAGGAUUACGAUACUGUAUUGCGACGGGUAGAUGGCCGUCGAAGAAGAGAGUUUGAGUAUCUCAUACAAGAAGGGUCAGUUUUGGAAGACGAUCCAUUUGACCGAGAGAGGCCAUCAUACCCGAGACAUAGCGGGAGACAAUAUGAAGAAUCUUACGUUACGGAUGGUUCUGACAGUGAGUUUAGUUUGCCGCGAAGGAAGCGUUUUCAUUACUGA